UUAAGGGCUGACCACCACUAAGGCAGCAUCUCUUGGAGAUUGCUUCUCUGUGAAGAUUUCCUCAGUGUUUUCUAGCCAGAUUGAAGGCUUCUAUAUUGCUGCCUAGGGAGGUGGUGGAGUCACAGUGUUCAAGAGGUAUCUGGCUGAGGAGCUACAAGAGAUAGUUCAGCAGCUUGUGGUAGCAACAGCGAUGCGAGGACAUUCGGAUGGAUGAUCUAUUCGGUCCUUCCCAACCUUGCAGCUCUACGAUUCACCUACAGCUCGGAGGGGCAGCAGCAGUGACCCCACUCCGCACAGCUCUCGCGAUACGCUCCCGUGUGGGCGGAGCGAGGUGAGGGGAGGCCGGGCUGCCGCGUAUCGCUCCGUGUCCCCGAGCAGCUCCGCCCGUGAGGCGGCGGCGAUGGCGGCCGAUCUGGAGUCCUCGCUGGAGCUGAGCUUGACGAGCAGCGGCUCGGUGCCGGGCUGCGGGCUGCCUCCCGCCCGCUCCCGCAUCUUCAAGAUCAUCGUCAUCGGAGACUCCAACGUGGGCAAGACGUGUCUCACGUACCGCUUCUGCGCCGGCCGCUUCCCGCAGUGCACCGAGGCCACCAUCGGCGUGGACUUCCGCGAGCGCGCCGUCAUCAUAGACGGGGAGCGCAUCAAGAUCCAGCUAUGGGAUACGGCAGGCCAGGAGCGCUUCAGGAAGAGUAUGGUGCAGCACUAUUACAGGAACGUACACGCUGUGGUGUUUGUGUAUGAUAUGACAAACAUUGCCAGUUUCCAUAGUCUGCCGUCGUGGAUAGAGGAAUGCAAACAGCACCUCCUUACCAACGAUAUCCCACGGAUUCUUGUUGGAAAUAAAUGUGACCUGAGGAAUGCUAUUCAGGUACCUACGGACUUGGCCCAGAAGUUUGCUGACACCCACAGCAUGCCGUUAUUUGAAACCUCUGCCAAAAACCCCAAUGACAAUGACCACGUGGAGGCCAUAUUUAUGACACUGGCUCACAAGCUUAAAAGUCACAAGCCAUUAAUGCUAAGUCAACCCCCAGAUCGUGAUCAAAUACACCUAAAGCCUGAACCGAAACCCUCCAUGACCUGCUGGUGUUAAAUUUCGCUAUUUAUUAGCUGCCACCUUGUCCUUAUGGUCUUGGCAUAGAACAAGGGUUUGGUAGCGAUUAUAGCAAAUCCCUUUGGCACUUUACUGUGUUGUUGUUGUUUUUUUAUCUGGUGUAGAUAUGCCCAUCUCAUUUUCUUGCACUUUGUUAUUCUCCUUUCUGAAUUACUGAAGUUUCACUAUAAAUAUGCAGGAAAGUAACCUUUCAAAUGAAGACUUAACAAAGCAAUUCUGUUUGAGCUCUGGCUCUCUGAGGUUGAUUUUAUCACUCAUGGCAAAGUUAUAAAUAAUAAGACAGUUUGCUAAUGUGUUUGGCUGCUACCUGCAUUGGGAUAAUGUAGGAGAAAAAGUAUCUUGGGACAGCCAGAUAACUUGACGUGCAGAUGAGCGGGUGGGGAGAUUUUUGAUGUCUGAAGGAGGAUUGGUGCCUGCUGGCAAACUGAGAAGUGAGGGCCUGUUUAUUUAAAAAGCAGACAAGACCAUCAGAUUCAGUUUGAGCCAUCAGUGUAAGUACAAACUGCUGGCGCUGGUGGCCUGUCACUCUGUGGUAAACUUUGCUUCUCUGUGGCAGUCAUGGGAGCAUUGACCAACUCGUCCCCACCUCUAGGCGAUUAUUUGGUACAUAAGACUUCAAUAAUUUGUUACAAUUAAUCUUAAGACUAAUCAGUCCUUCCUAUGGGAAGUCCUGUAGCAUGGGAUAUGGGGGAAGAACUGGGGCUAGGAGGGCUAGGACUAUCUUCAGCCUCUUUGACCUUACUGAGAUUUAAAGGUUCAGUGAAGUUUGGCUUCUAAAUGGGCUGUAUUUGAGUUGAGUGAGUGAGGAUAAGUGAAAACACUUAAAGUAGAAAUAGGAGUACAUUUAUCAGAAGCAUGCUGGGAUUUUCAAAGAUGCAGCUUUCAGACGAUGCUCGUGCUGAUAAAUGCUUUAUAAAUGUCUUGAUAAAGACAGCUUUUUACAAGACAACAUGAUGACUUGCUAUAGGGACAAGAACACCUAGGACAGAACCUUACUUCAGGUGCCCCUUUUGAUGUACAAAGUUGUGCCUUAUUUAUUGAAAACAUUGAGGCUGCUGUACUACAAGGAGCUGCGUUGUCCUGUGCUAUGAUCUUAUGAGGGCUGCUGUGCAAAGGAACGACUGGACUCUGUAUCAGAAGGUUGAUAGGGUUUUAUCAUUGUGCAAGCAAAUCAGCCAUUGACAGGAUAGGGAAUAUCGGAUUUCCUUUAAACAGCUGUAAAGGCAAAAAUUAGCUCUUGAAAUAGGGAGGUAAAUGUGCCAAAUAACGUGUUACAGAUGUUGGUCAUGGCUGUAAGCUGUGCUUCCAUGGCAUUGCACAUGCAAGUUAGUAAUUGCUCCUCUAGAACCAUCUGCACGUUGCAACCAUUUGUUCUGUUCUUUGAAGGUCAAAGGCCAUAACAUAUAGUUGCAUAUAGUUACAUAAAGUGAAACGUAAUCCUUAGAUUUCAAUCUAUGACUUCCUAAGCCGUGGUCAGACAGUAUUUUCUGGCUUUUUGUUUUUGAAGGGAAUUUAAUUAAAACUGAAGGUGUUUGAAUUGCAAUGUGAAAUGUGUUGCGUUGGCCGGAAAUAUAAAGCCCAGUUUAGAAGCUGCCAGCCCAGUGAGGGUUAGAAAGAAAUUACUGAAAUGAAGUAGCUAGUAUAAGUGAGCAAUGGAAAUCACUAAGGUGGCAUUGAAUUGCAAGUUACAUCGAUAAAAGGAGAAAUGCAUUGACUGUCUUUUCUAGAUGUAGAAAAGCAUUCAACAUGGCCUAAUACGAUGAGGGUGUUUAAAAAGAGACUAAACAGAAAAUAUGAUUCUAGUCCAAAAGAAGCUGCUACAGCUCUGACAGUAACGUCGUUAAUACACCAUGUGAUAAAGGGAACUUUAGUGUUUGCUCUGAACCUUAUGUGACUGGGCUUACAGUCCUUUCAGAAGCAAUCAGCUUUUUGAAACAAGCAUCCUUAAUGGUUUUUGUUUUGUUGUUGUUUUUUUGGAAAAGGAUUGAUCCGAAAGUUAUAUGUGUAGUAGUAUAGAUAAACAGUUUGUUACAUACAUCCUGAGAAGAUCCAUCUUAACAAGCUGUGUCAUAGUAAGUGCGUCAGCAAACAUUCUGUUGUUGUCUUUUUUGUUUUAAUUAAAUCGAUCAAAGCAAAUCGCACAGAAUGAAGCAUUUCAAAGUCAGGUUAGGGUCUGAGGUAAGGAAACAAUGUAGAUAGUGUAGCUAAUGUUGAUAUUGGGAAGUUGCAGAUCUGUGAAGCUUUGAGGUAUUCACAACCUGUACAUAAGGGCCUUCACAUCAUUCAGAUGGUGUGGAAACAAGCAAUGCUUUUUGUAUGUGAUCUUGUUUUGAGCACACAGCAUGUUUCAGUGGUUCUGCCGUGACAAUAACGUGACAGUUACUUUGGGGUUCAGUGUGUGUCCUGGCUUUCAGUAGUAGUGUUCUACCCACUGAACUGAUCCCAAAAGCACUGAACACUUUGUAUGUGUAUUUUCACCUUCCUGAAUUGUAACAACAUGGGAUUAUUUUGUAUGUGUUGGGGAAGGGUAAGACACAAAGCCAGAUCCCUAACAACUGGCUUUGCCGCAGACUAUUAUCACUUGUUUUCAGUAAUUGUUCUAAGAACGGUGAUAACAUUUCUCUUAGUAAAACCCGUAAUAAACUAUGAUAAAGAAGGGAGGAAAA